AUGUCCAGUUCCCGUAUAGAAGUACGGGCGACCGAUCAGUCGACCCAACCUUCAACAGAGAAGAAAAGCAAAAAAUGGGUCAGCUAUAUAUGGGAUACCUUCGACAAACCUCCUGAAGAACGCCACCUUCUCUUUAAGUUGGACACUGCAAUUUUAACAUUUGCUUCACUCGGAUACUUCGUGAAGAAUCUUGAUCAGAUAAACAUCAAUAAUGCCUUUGUAUCCGGAAUGAAAGAGGAUUUGGGGUUGUAUGGCAAUGAACUCAACUACAUGCAAACAUGUUGGACCGUGGGUUAUGUGAUUGGCGAGAUUCCAAGUAACCUGCUGUUAACUCGUGUCAAACCAAGAUACUGGAUUCCAGCUGCUGAGCUUCUUUGGACCAUUCUAACCUUUGUUCUCUCGAGAUGUAACACUCCGACUCAGUUUUAUGUCAUCCGGUUCUUUGUCGGUCUUGCGGAAAGUACCUUCUAUCCUGGUAUGCAGUAUAUCAUUGGCUCGUGGUACCGCAAAGAAGAGCUGGCCAAAAGAUCUUGCAUCUUCCACGCAAGUAGUGGCAUAGCCAGUAUGUUUUCUGGUUAUCUCAUGGAUGGAGUGUUCAAGCUAGGUGGAAGAGGAGGCUUUAAGGGGUGGCAAUGGCUCUUCUUGAUCGAUGGGUGCAUCUCCCUUCCGGUGGCUCUCAUGGGAUUUUUUAUCUUGCCCGACGUACCUGAAAUUUCUAGUCCAUGGUAUCUUAGCAAGGAGGAAGUUGCACUGGCACAAACUCGGAUGGAUACUGAGGGAAGGCAGAAAAGAGGACCAUUCACCAAGCAGAAACUGAUAAGGAUAUUCUCUUCCUGGCAUAUUUAUCUCCUAACCUUGCUUUAUAUUUUGUUCAACAAUGGUGGUGCAGGUGGUCAGCCAGUCUUUCAACAAUUCCUCAAGAACUCCAAGAAUCCCAAAUACAGUGUAGGUCAAAUCAAUGCAUAUCCUACGGCCACAUAUGCAGUCCAGGUCCUGACCACUCUCUGUUAUGCCUGGUCAUCGGAUUCGUUCCUCAAUGGAAAACGUUGGCCACCUAUAAUAUUCGGCGCUUGUGUCAAUAUCAUAAGCUACGUGUCUUUGUCAGUGUGGAAUAUCCCAAUCGGAUGGAAAUGGACUUGCUACAUCAUAUCUGGGGCUGGAUUCGGACUCAGCGGCCUGUGCAUGGCAUGGGCUCAUGAAAUCUGCUCAGAAGACAACGAGGAGCGUUCUCUUGUCAUUGGAAGCAUGAACGAAAUGGCCUAUGUCUUCCAAGCCUGGAUACCUCUCUUAGUAUGGAAGCAGGUUGAUGCUCCAGAAUAUCACAAGGGCUUUAUUACCGUGAGCUGCUUGUCUUUCUUCUUAAUACUUGUGACUUUCAUAAUUCGAAGUCUUGAUGAUAAGGAGAGAAAGUUGAAAGCCAGAGCUCAAGCAGCAAACGUCGAGAAUGAUGAUCUUCUCUCAGACUCCACUUCUAGUUUUACGCCAGUGGGCACAAAGCCUCCAAAAUCCCAAGGACCUGAUGCUGUAGAUAUUUAA